AUGCCCGGUCCACACCGGGCAAACUUCCACAACUACACGAUGCUCUAUCAGCAUAUUUUCAGUAAUAAAACCGGAUUUUCUGGAAAUAGAAUGAAAGAUGUAUUCUGUUUUGUUCGUCACUCCAUUUUUGCCACUCUGGCUAAUGACAUAAUCUAG